AUGCUGCAUACCGAGGGCCACGCUCUUCUUCGGGCCGUGGGUCAGGGUAAGCUACGCUUGGCCCGUUUGCUUCUGGAGGGGGGCGCCUACGUGAAUGAGGGUGAUGCUCAAGGGGAGACUGCGCUAAUGGCGGCCUGUCGGGCCCGCUACGACGACCCCCAGAACAAGGCGCGCAUGGUACGCUACCUUCUGGAGCAAGGCGCGGACCCCAACAUCGCAGAUCGCCUAGGGCGCACGGCGCUUAUGCACGCUUGCGCCGGCGGCGGGGGCGCAGCGGUGGCCUCCCUGCUCCUUGCCCAUGGCGCAGACCCUUCAGUCCGAGAUCACGCCGGCGCCUCGGCGCUUGUCCACGCCCUGGACCGCGGGGAUCGCGAGACCCUUGCCACGCUGCUGGACGCCUGUAAGGCCAAGGGCACGGAGGUCAUCAUCAUCACCACCGACACCUCGCCCUCGGGCACCAAGAAGACCCGGCAGUAUCUCAAUUCCCCACCGUCCCCAGGGGUGGAGGACCCCGCUCCCGCUCCUCUUAGCCCGGGGGUCUGCACGUCGCCGUCGGAAAUCCAACUGCAGACUGCAGGAGUAGGAGGACAGGGAUUGUUAUCCCCUCGCACCCAGGAAGAAGAGGAGAAGCGGGACGUAUUUGAAUUCCCUCUUCCUAAGCCCCCCGAUGACCCCUCCCCUUCUGAGCCACUCCCCAAACCACCCCGUCAUCCUCCAAAACCACUCAAAAGGCUCAACUCCGAGCCUUGGGGCCUAGUGGCCCCUCCUCAACCGGUCCCUCCUGCCGAAGUAAGGCCGGGGAUUGAGCGCCUGACCACCGAAUUCAACGGCCUGACCCUGACAGGUCGACCGCGUCUUUCCAGACGUCAUAGCACUGAAGGCCCAGAGGACCCGCCCCCGUGGGCGGAGAAAGUGACGGGUGGGGGUCCUCUCUCGCGCCGAAACACAGCGCCAGAAGCUCAGGAGCCUGGCCCCCCUUCAGGGCUGAGGCAGAAACUGAGCCGCAUGGAGCCGGUGGAGCUCGAUAUCCCCGGAAAUCUUUGCCCCGACUCGCCGGAGUGCAGCCGCCCGUCCCUGGAGCGCCGCAGAUACAGCGCCUCCCCGCUGACCCUCCCUCCAGCCGGCUCUGUUCCCUCCCCGCGCCAGUCCCAGGAGAGUCUGCCUGGGGCUGUGUCUCCGUUGAGCGGGCGGAGGCGGAGUCCAGGGUUGCUGGAGCGGAGGGGCUCGGGGACGUUGCUUCUGGACCACAUCGCGCAAACACGGCCUGGUUUCCUGCCCCCGCUCAAUGUCAGCCCCCACCCUCCCAUCCCUGACAUUCGUCCCCAACCCGGAGGUCGGGCGCCUUCGCUGCCCGCCCCUCCCCAGGCGGGGGCGCCAGGCUCUCCCAGGACCAAGCGCAAGUUGGUGAGGCGCCACUCCAUGCAGACUGAGCAGAUCCGCCUGCUAGGGGGCUUCCAGAGUCUAGGCGGGCCAGGGGAGCCUGGGCGCUGA